AUGAAAAUAUUGCCUGUUUUGGCUAUAGCAGCAGCAUCAUGGAUGGAAGGCGCGUUUUCUUCGCUAGAUAGCGAUUCCGUAUUUGUUUCGUCAGCGCAGUCCUCUUCCACAAGCUUUCCUGCUCUGGAAAACGCAGACACCGAGAGCGCAAGAAGAGUCUUCAGUGAAGAGCAGCAGAAGAUAGGAGAAAAAACAAAGAGUAGCACGAGCACCUUUGUCUACUCCAAUUUGGACGCGUUUGACAUUCCCGAGAAAAAAGAGAACGUCAGAGCAGUGCUCUUCCACAACUGCAGCUUCGCAGAAAUACCUGAUAGCAUCGCUGAGUACAAGAACCUGACUUCUAUUUCAAUCACCAACUCAAAAAUAAAAACAAUCAGCAGCAGAAUAUCGCAGCUCAAACACCUGCAGGUGCUCGACAUCAGCAAUUGCAAGGACCUAGAAAGGCUGCCCAGCGGGCUCUUUGAGUGUCCCCGUCUGAUCUCUUUAACCGUCACCAACUGCAGCAUAAAAGAGCUGCCUGACAGUGUGGGGCUCUCAAAACUGACAAAACUCACUCUAAGCUACAACAAGCUCUCCGAGCUCCCAGAAACUCUUUCAAAUAUCUACGGGCUGCGGUAUUUAAACCUCUCCAACAACGCGCUGACCGAGUUUCCCUUCAACUUCCAUGAGCUCGAUCGGCUUGUAGAGAUAAACCUGUCGAAUAACCAGAUUGUUUUCAGGCAAAAAGACAACGAAGAAUACAAAAGAAGGUACAACUACGUAACAAAAGAACAGUACAUAUACGGAAGCAGCCGAGACGUGCCAGAGUUUACGGUUCUUCCGAAGCUAGAAUCUGCAGACCUCUCCAGCAACUUCAUCGAGGACAUUCCCACUGUCUUUUUUAUGUCGCAGGCCAUAAAAAGUCUUGACUGCUCAAACAACAGAAUUAAAACGGUCAGCAGGCUGAUAGACUAUCUGCUGAGAAGACAGAAGUUUGUGUGCAUUAACUUAAAAGACAACAAAACUCUGCAGGAGUACGGCAACAUGGAGACGACCUGCGGGUUUAGAGAGAUAUUCUGGCUCUUCAACAGAAAGGCCAAGUUCUCGGAAGAGGUUUCAGAAAAGCUGGCAGAGGUGAUAAGCAGAGAAAAGGCGUAUAAGCUGCUCGAGGACAGAAUUCUCGAAGAAAGAGUGUGGAACUUCGAAAGAGUAAAAACAAUAAAAAAACAGUACGAGCCGUUCCCGGCAAAUGAUCUGUCAAUAAGAGACAAGAACUCGUACAUAAAAAAAAUACUGAAGUACAAGAUAAACGAGUAUCUUCUGAUUCUUAAAGACAACAUCCAAUGCGCUCUGUUCAGCUUCCCCAACAAGACGUCAAACCCCAACCCCAACAUCAUUGGGCUAGAUAUUUUCUGGAUGCACAAGAUGCAGGAAGAAAUAGGGCCCGAAGGGAUGGAGAUUCUGCUGAAGAAAGAGCAUGCGCAGUACUCUCCUCUGUACCCGUACCUAAACGAAAAAAUAGAAGAUCCGUUCUUUGGCUCCUUGGGCAAUGCUCUCCUCGCUUUCUACACAAGAUUUACAGUUAAAACAGCAGUAAACUACAUCCGGUGCAAGAUCAACUCAGAGGCGAUAUUCAUCAAAAGCAUGAUCGGGUAUGUGCAUAGGAUGGGAGGCACAGACAAAUACCCUAAGCUGUUUGUCACCGCUGGGAACAGCCAAAUACAAAUCACCAAUGUGGCAGUGCUGCUAAUUCUCAAAGACUUCAAGUAUAUUAAGUGA